CUGGUUGCAUCGGAAAAGCUGGGAUGCUGUGAUUAGUUUUCAUUCUGAGGAGGAAGCAGAUCCAUCCGGAGCGUCUUCAUGCAAAGCCUGUGCAGGAUCAAGAUGCAAUUCCGGACGGUGCUGGACGUGAAAGUUGUGGACGUGGAGAAGAGGCGGAAUCCGUCCAAGCACUACGUGUAUGUCAUCAAUGUCACCUACUCUGACAACACGUCUCACAUCAUCUACCGAAGAUACAGCAAAUUCUUCGACCUGCAGAUGCAGCUACUUGACAAGUUCCCAAUCGAGGGAGGGCAAAAAGAUCCGAAGAAGAGGAUCAUCCCAUUUCUCCCAGGCAAAAUCCUGUUCCGGAGGAGUCAUGUGCGAGACGUGGCCAUGAAGCGGCUGCGUUUCAUCGAUGACUACUGCAGGGCUCUGGUGAGACUCCCUCCUCACAUCUCUCAGAGCGAGGAGGUGCUUCACUUCUUCGAGACAAAAGCCGAGGACAUCAACCCCCCAGUGGAGGACUAUGGCUCCAAGCGCAAGUCCG